CUGGAUACGGAGAGAGGGAAGAGAAUAAUACUAAGUAGCUCUUGUACUUUUCUCUGAGCUCAGGUUCUUCCUGGCUUGUCCAUUCCACUCAUUCUCGUUUCCUCCUUCCUCCUUUCCGCCGCGACAUAACCACCCUGACUGUAUGAAGAGUGUCGCCCCGUCCAGCUGGAUUUCGAAGCAGCAGAAAAACUCCAAGGAACAUCACUUUCAACAGGAUCACUCCCACCCCCAUCAGUUUCCGCUCUCUUCGACAGUACCCCCGUCUUCUCAUCUCCUUCCUCCCAAGCACUCCUCUAUCUCCUCUUCCUUUCGCUCAGUCUUUUCCAGACCGAGGGCGCAAUCCGCCACCUCUCUCCAGUCUGCCUUCGCUUCAUCAUCUUCAUCACUACAGCCUCAUCCCAUCACUUCCAGUGAUCGUUUCUCGUCCACACAUCCAUACGCUAUCAUGGUCGCUGCGCCACUGCCUGUCGUUUCCAGUCAUGAUGCAACGGAGGAGGAGGAAGAGUGCCCCGUCUGUCUCGAGCCGCUGAGCUUCAGCUUCAGACUUCCAGGCGAGAAGCCGCACAUUGUGCCGGAAUGUGGUCAUGCUCUUCACGAGGCAUGUUUUACAGCUGUAUAUGGCCCGCCUCCAAGCUCAUCGAGGGCCGGCACCAUUCUGCGUAAGUCAAACCUCGGCGUGUGCGGUGUAUGUCGACGACCAAUGAAGGUCGGCGAUGGAGAUGGAGGCAAAUCCAACAAACUUGCUGCAUUGACUGGUAUGGGCGAGACCAACGAUACACUCUAUCCCGGGCGCGAUACCCCCUCUUCUAUGCGAACUUUCAAUAGCCAUGGGCGACCACCUCCUCACGCGAAGCCUUACGAUCCCAACGAAGAUGACCCGGUUGAGAAUCACCACCAUCGUGAUCAUCACGGCGCCGCGUCCAUCAAGUCUGGUCACUCGAACGAACAGCAACAAUCGCAUUACAUUGUUUCCCCAUCGAUUCAAGUGCGAUCUGAGUUCAGUUCCAUCACAAGAUCGAACGAAGCAAGUCAACCGUUGACUUGCAUCGUCGUCGUAGAGCUCCCUGCGAAGAGACCGAGUGCACACGUACCGGGCGCGGUUAUGCCUAUGGCGCAGGACAACUACAGUCAGAGGAACGCGAACACGGCGACAAGUCCCCUGGGGAAUGGACAAGGUCAAUCAGGAUACGCAAGUCCCAGGCCGGAGUAUGCGAGUGCACGAGGUCAUCAACAGCUUCCGUCUGAAGCCUCCCAUGCUCGCUCGGAGCAGACGUACAUGUCGCCGCCGCCGUCCCAUCACGAACCCUCGGUGUCGUCACAUGAACGACGUGAUAUUCAGGAGGAAGACUCUCCCUUCAACGCCAUCACUGAAGACCUUCGCAAUCGCAUUAUCGACUGGAAGGGUCACCCGCUGUCCGGACUGGGGCCUCUGCAAAUGUAUGAUCUGCUUUCUGUUCGACGCGACUCACUGGUGCGGGAAUUCUACGUCUACUUAUUCAAAGAGGCCAUCAUUUGCGUGGUUGAAGAGCGCAAGCGGACACUGGGUCGACUGCUUUCUUCGGCAGGCGCAAGUUCGGCUUUCGGUGACGGAGCUGCCGGCGGAAAUUCUCAGCAUUCAAGUUCUAACCGAGGUGUCCUGCGAUUGAAGGGUCGUAUCUACAUCCGUCACAUCAAGCAGGUGACAGAUACAUCUGUCAGCGGUGAGAUGAGUCUGACUAUCGACAUGGAAGACGAGCGAUUAGAUUCGUUCAUUCUUAUCUUCAAGGAGCGGUCGUCGCUGGAGACAUGGAAAGCCAAGAUUCAAUCUUUGGUCUCGCUGUAUCAAUCACAAUCCAUCGACCCGCAACAACAGCAACAACAACAACAACAAGCGCAGUAUGAACGGGCGCCGGACUUGGAAGAGUUUGGAGGGAGCCAGAAGGCUAUGCGUAUGUUGAGUGGAAGCACUGGGACAACGGUCAGUACUGUCGACAGUCUCUUGAAUGGCGGGUCGUCGCGCUCGACGGUCUCGUCUCACACUUCGCAUGGUUCGGGCUCGAUCGCUCAUCCGCGUGUGGGUCUCCACCAGAAACUCUCUACACUUGAAGAAGACGACGAGAUGAGUCGGUUCAGUAGCCCCGCACCGCUCGUCGCUCCCCAUAUGUCUGCGGGACCUUCAAAUAGUCUCUCGCCGUUGCCUCAUCCGGCAUUGGAUCUCAUUUUGGUCGUCAGUAUCCCGGGUCCGAUGGCAACGCCAAGCACGGCGGCGUUGAAGGUGAGAGUGAUCAAGACUUCGCUUGAUUUCAUCAUCGCUUCGCUUGGUCAGAAGGAUAGACUCAGCCUUGUGACGUUUGAAGUCGGUAUUGGCGGAAAGGUACGGAAGACGCCGUUCCUUAAUGUUGGGAAUCCCCAGAGUAGGGCUAGGCUGCAGAAGUUUGUUAGUGAGGUGGGAAGGAGGGAUGAUGGGACGCCUUUUGAGGAUGAGUUCCUGACUAGGGGGUCACAGGAUGAUAAGACUGACGUUGUGACCGCUGUCAAUCAUGGACUUGACGUUGUUCUGCAGCGGAAGUCGCGCAAUCCGGUCUCAGGGAUGGUUCUGGUUAGCGAUGCUGCUGAUACCACUCGUCGCGCUCAGAUGGACCUCGUGCUCGCUCGUGCUGAAGCUGCUAAUGUGCCCAUCCACUCCUUCGGCUAUGGCCGUUCUCAUGACCCCGCUUCCCUCUGGCUCAUCUCUAACCACACCAGUGGCACUUACACCUUCGUUAAGGAUUGGUACGACCUACGAGAUUGCCUAGCAGGCUGUAUCGGGGGUAUGUUGUCCAUUGGCAUUACCAGUAUGAAGAUGCACAUCAAGAUCGUUGAUGGUCAACGAUUCCGUAUCCGCAAGAUCUCCGGUGGUCCUUCAGCCAUUCUUUCUUCCGACGGUCGCGAUGUGGACGUUGAGAUUGGUGAAGUGAGAUAUGGCGAACGCAAGGAAAUGCUGGUCGAGCUGGAACUCGAUAAUAGCGAUAUGACGCACAGCCAAAGGAGUCCGAUGAGUCCCAAUAGUGGACGGGCACUUAACGCUACAGAUCAAUUCAACCAACGGAUGGGUUUGGACGCAUUGUCUAUUGCUGAUGUUGCUGACCUUGCGGACGGCAUGAUGGAUCGUAUGAUUGACGAAGUGCCAGUCUUCGAGGUUGAUGGCUCGUUCUUCGAUCCUGCUGCAGCCAAACAUGUAUCGCGCCUUGCGCAUCCAGUUCUCCUCACCGUGACUCUCCUUCCGAACACUGGGAGCCGACCGCGAACGCCUGCGAACAAUACCUCGGACCCUGUGAUCGUCCGACGUAGGAUGGAGCUUCUGGCUUCCGAUAUGAUCACUCGUGCGCUGGUCCUUGUAUCGAGGAAGAAUUAUCCUCAAGCUCAAAAGCUGCUCAGCGAGACCAGACGUAUUCUUCACACCGUUUUGCAGAAUAUUACUCAGUCACUUCCUCCUCCUAAUCGGGACGGUAGCGCCACGCGGAAUCGCAAGGACGCGCUUGGGUACUUGGCUGUUCGAGCUAUUCAGGCUGUCCUCCAGGAUAUGCAAGUCUUGUCUGAGGCCCUGGAGGACAACGUUGAGAUGUUUGCUCUUGAUCAGCGUAACUUCGGCGCUCAGCAGGCGAUGGUCCUGCGAGAUCAGAAGAGCUGGAGCGGCCGAAGUGCUAUUGAACGCUUGUUUUGGACAAUCGAUAAUUCCAUCGAGCUGGUCACUCGAAGCAACGAUUGGGUCGCUCGUGAAUGAUCGACGUCUCUCGGCUUUAGUUUUUACCCCUUUUUUUACUUCGGAACAUUGCCUCUCGUUUGCUAUCCUUUUUCCCUUCCUGGUGUCGAUGUAUAUAUGGUUCGCGUUUUUCCUUUUUUUUUUUCCUCGCUGAUCGUAAUUGGGUCCCGGAUCUCGAAAAUUCUCCCUUCUCUACUAGCUAGCUCUUUCUUGUUCUAAAUAUUGUUCUGUGCCACCCUCCCUCCCGCUACGAUUUAAUCCUCUACCUCGUCUUUCGCUGGAGGAUCUGUGUGUAGGAUCAUAUACAUUCCUUGGGUUAUGUUCUACCACUGGCCUCGGGUGAUUGUUCGGGUUUAAUGGCGAUGGUAGUCCUCGUCGUGGACUCUCAAGAAUCGCUUUGCUUUCUGUACUUUUGUAAUGUUAUCUCGAUAGAUUGACGGCUAUGGAUACAUUCUAUGCGUUGCUUUUUUUUCUUUUUUUUUUGUAUGGCGUCCGUUACCAUUUCAUAGUUUACACUUGUAAUGAAUGAAAUACCACCGUUUCGUUGAUCUGGGGACCUUUCUAUUCAUUCAAGGCUUCUGGGUAGCCUCGUCGUGUCCUCUCAGAGCUGUCUUUCCAGUAAUAUCUUGUUUGCUUCACGUUCACUUCGAGGAUAUCACACAAAUUUCACAUGUGUGAAGUG